GUGGCGCUCCAAGCAAGUUGGGAUACUUCCUCUUCCAGUCGAGUCUUUUGGAUUUCGGUUCCUUUUGUCGCUCCAGCCUAAAACAUGGACAAUCGUUCAAUUUCAAAGAAGAGGAAGUUUGUCGGAGAUGGAGUCUUCAAAGCAGAGUUAAACGAAUUUUUAACCCGUGAACUCGCCGAAGAUGGAUACUCAGGAGUAGAAGUACGCGUGACUCCGCAUCGUACCGAGAUUAUUUUAUUGGCAACGCAUACACAAAGCGUUCUUGGAGAGAAAGGCCGUAGGAUCAGAGAAUUGACUUCUGUGGUACAGAAACGGUUCAACUUUAAAGAAACACAGAACAUUGAAUUGUACGCGGAGAAAGUUGCGACCCGUGGUCUGUGUGCUAUUGCUCAAGCAGAAUCCCUGCGUUACAAAUUAAUAGGAGGACUCGCAGUGCGAAGAGCUUGUUACGGAGUUCUUCGUUUUAUCAUGGAAUCUGGAGCGAAAGGUUGCGAAGUCGUCGUUAGCGGUAAAUUGCGUGGUCAGAGAGCCAAAUCCAUGAAAUUUGUCGACGGAUUGAUGAUUCACUCUGGAGAACCCACCAAUGAAUAUGUUAACACUGCAACGCGUCACGUACUUCUCAGACAAGGUGUGCUUGGAAUCAAAGUGAAAAUUAUGCUCCCGUAUGAUCCUCAAGGCAAGACAGGUCCAAAGAAGCCUCUUCCAGAUUCUGUAUCUAUUGUCGAACCAAAGGAUGAAAUAUUCCCUUCGCAACCGGCAUCUGAAGUGAAACCAUCCAAAGAUAUGCCGCAAACAGCACCACUUGCAGUGUAAUUUAUAUACAAAUGACAAUAAAAUAAACUUUUAAAAGAA